AACUUUGAGCAAAAUUUCUCCAAAUCGAGACCAAACCCACCAAGGACGCACGCUCAGGUUCCAAGUCCAAGUGCGACCAAAGACGCGCUUGCGUUCGUCUCGUCCUCGUCGGCGCGCGGCGGCGGCGGCGCCGGCGCAUCCGAUCCCCGCCUGCUCCCUCCUCGCUCGCAUCGAAAUCUCGACCCCCCCCCCCCGUGGCGCGUGCGUCGACCGGAUCGCCCCCCGCGCCGCCCACUCCACCAGAUCCCGACCCCCCCAUCGGCCCCUCGGAUCUCUCGCCGGAGCGCCUCCGCUGGCCCGGAUGCGAUCCACGCCGCGCCCCCGCCGCCGGAGCCGACGACGAGUCGGCUGACGCCGACGCUGCCUUUUUUCCCCCUACGCUUCACGACCCCUGCCGACGCCGGGAGGUGGUUUCAGGCGCGGGAGUCGAUGGGCUCCUGCAGGUUCGCCGCGCUCGUCGUGCUCCUCCUUGCUUCGGCCCUGAUCCCCGCCCCCGCGGCGGCGGCGGGUAGGGCUUUGCAGGGCGAGAAGGCCAGCUCCAGCGAGGGAGCUCCUGCACCUACCGCCGUCACUGCAGGUGGAUCAGAUAAACAAUCGGAGAAUUCAUCAAAUGCGCCGAAUCCUGUGACCAAGGAGCAUCACCACCAGACGCCACCGCCGGAAAAGCCAGCAAAGGAUUCAACACCGCCGCCGCCAGGUGUGUCGGAGAGCAAAGGGCCCGAAGAGGAUGCAAGGAAGGACUCUGGACAUCCGGUGCCCCCGACGGAUGUGCACACGAAGAGUCCUACGCCUGAAGGUCCCGGACCAACUGGUGGGAUGGAGCGGGAAGGAGGAGGGAGUGGGGGGAAGACGCCGGCAGAAGAAACUAGAAAGGUGUUGAAGUGCGAGGAUCCGAUGGACAAAUGUUUUGUUCCAGGAGAAUUUACUGCGUGUCUUCAGGUUUCCCAGGAUGAUUCAACUGGGUCAUUUGUUAUAGUUCAGAAUGAAGGGCAGAAUAAUAUUACAGUCAAUGUUGAAGCAACUCCUAAUAUCGUUGUUGAUAGUAAGCUGCCAUUACAUCUGACCAAGGGCAUCUCUGAAGAGGUAAAAGUAACCUACAGUAAUCCAAAUGAUGGAGAGAUUACAGUGAAGUCUGGGACGAGGCAGUGUUCCUUACACACCAAGCAAGCAGUUUUUGAUUGGCAACAACAAUUUCAGCAGUUUGCAGCUUAUGCAACACGCAUGAAUCCAAUAUAUGGAGCCUCCUUCCUUGUUUUCACUGUUGUCUUGGUGGGAGUGGUCUGUGCUUGUUGCAAAUUUGCAAGAAGGCGUGCUAGUGGAGUCCCAUAUCAGCAACUUGAGAUGGGAACCCAGGCUCCCAACUCAUCAGGCGUGGAAAACACUACGAGCAGCGUAGAUGGUUGGGAAGAUGGCUGGGAUGAUGACUGGGAUGAAGAAGAAGCACCAGCAAAACCUUCAGAUAAGAAACCAUCUGGAAGUAUCUCUGGCAAUGGCCUUUCUUUGAGACCUCAGACCAAUAACAAAGAUGGUUGGGAUGUAGAUUGGGAUGACUAAGCUGCAAUAGAAUGCUGAGGAAUAUUCCUUGUGCAAUGAGAGAGAGAAUCUGGAUUAGCUGCUGCAGAAAAGAUAGAAAAUUCCAGACUAAAUCUGAAGCUGAAACUGAUGGCAUCUGUGAUUGACAAGCUCACCAGCAUUCUGGAAGAUAGUCCUCUCUAUCUUCAUACGGUUGUACCAUAGUGUUGCAGUACUGCUUUUGUUUCUUAGCUGAUACACACACUUUUAGUGGGUACAAAUUGUAAUUUCUUUAGUAACAUCACAGCACGAUUUCUUAGUUACAUGACCAAAACACGAACUGUAAUUUUUUUGGCAGAGGUAAACUAUCAUUAGUUUCUUUUCAUAAAAAAACCACACUGAAACUCUUGCACGAGUAUAGUAUUGUCACUUCAAUUUUUAGUCUUUAGAGCUGCGCAGACGCAGUGGGCAUUGCUCUGUCGCCCUUUCCAGCACUGGCAUUCUCCACCGUUUUUCGCUUUGUCCGUUUCUUUUGCUCUGCACCAUUCUCCUACUUUUGCCUUUUGGGCAUGCAUCUGUUCAGUUCAGGCUAUAUUGACCUUGCGUGAAUACAAAGAUCUCUGUGAGGUACAGCAUCUUUUGGGCUCUUUUCUGAAUGCCAUUGCCCCCUUGUUAUUGCAUGUCUUUUGAUUUCCUUGUCGCUGUCUGUCUGCAUGUAACAAUGGUCUCUAAUCAAUCAGUUGGUCAGUAGCUCAAGGCGUCAAUGCAACUGUUGGCUAUGCGCAUUGUUAACAAUGGAUGCUGGUUCUGAGAUCACAGCCGAGAGAGUAGCACUUUAAUCUGGACUUGUGAGUUGUUCACGUCAUGUUAU